CGCUGGGACUCCUCGGGAAGAAAAGGAACGAAGCGAACAAUGAUGACCAUAUUUUACAUUUAGACGCCAACCCCCUCCCUCCAGCCCGGAGGAAUCGCGGGGAGCAGCGCGCGGCGGGGGCGGGCCGCAGAUCUGGCCGGGAUGCCCAUCGACUGGCAGGUCUCGGUCCUGAGAUAGCAACAGGGCGAGCUGAGGACAAACCCCGCGCGAGGGCACCCGUCCGCGGGCAGAUCCGGAGUCCCUCGGCCCGGCCCGGUGCCCGGUCACGCAUCCUGGUCGCCGCCUCCCGGCUCCCCACGCUGGUGCCCGCAGGUCCCACGCCGGGAGGUCCCAGCGCCACAGUCUCAGACCUCGGGCGCUGGGGAGGCCCGGGGGCUCCCCCAGCGUCAGGGGAGCGGGAGGAGACUGGAUUGGGGGCCACGGCCAAGGACAACCCCGGGAGAAGAACCCGCGCCGGCUGCGGGCCGGGGGUGGGCAGCCCGGAUCCCAGGGGUCUGGAGGGAGCGGGGUGGGAGGCAACAAAGAGCCUUUGCUAACCCGCCGUCGCCGCGCCCGCUCCCGGCCCCUCCCCGCUCUCUGCAGUCCGGUGGGGGCCCGGGCCGGCGGCGGGAGGGGGUGCCCGGCCCCCCGCCUCCCCUCCCCCCCGCCUCCCCUCCCCCCCGCACCGCCCCCUCGCCCCGGGGGGAAGGAGGGGAGGAGGGCGGCGCCUGCGUGUUCCUCCGCCGCGCGCCCCGCCUCCUCCCGGGCUCCUCCCGGCGAUCCCGACUCUCCUCCCGCGGCUGCCGCAGCUGCCGGUUGCACACGGCCUCGGCGGCGGGCGCGGCGGGCACGGGCCUGUGGAGCGGCGGCCGGGCGCGCGGCCCCGGCGGGCACCCCUCCGAGGGCGGUCGAGGAAGCUCCCGGAGGAGGAGGAGGAGGAGGAGGUGGAGGAGGUGGAGGAGGUGGGUGGGUGCGGUGGCCGCGGGACCGGCUUGGCGCCUCGGCCUCUCCGCCCCCUCCCCAGCUUUUCUUUCGCCCUCUUCUCUCCCGCUCCGGGCCGGCGCCUCGGCUUUGUGCGAGGAGAUGGUGUAGCCUCGCGGCCGCCCGAAGGAGGAGCUGGACACUUGUCUCCCGGCCCCGAGCGGCGUCCCCGCCCCUGGAGGAGAGACCCCCUUCGGCUCGGCGCCUCCUGCGUCUCCCGGCUGCUGGGGAAGCCUCGGUGCGGCCGGCACCAUGAGUGAACAGAGUAUCUGUCAGGCAAGAGCUGCUGUGAUGGUUUACGAUGAUGCCAAUAAAAAGUGGGUGCCAGCUGGUGGCUCAACUGGGUUCAGCAGAGUUCAUAUAUAUCACCAUACUGGCAACAACACAUUCAGAGUGGUGGGCAGGAAGAUUCAGGACCAUCAGGUCGUGAUAAAUUGUGCCAUUCCUAAAGGGUUGAAGUACAAUCAAGCUACACAGACCUUCCACCAAUGGCGGGAUGCUAGACAGGUGUAUGGUCUCAACUUUGGCAGCAAAGAAGAUGCCAAUGUCUUCGCAAGUGCCAUGAUGCAUGCCUUAGAAGUGUUAAAUUCACAGGAAACAGCCCAGAGCAAGGUUACUGCUACCCAGGACAGCACUAAUUUGCGAUGUAUUUUCUGUGUGUUCUAUUUAGGGCCAACAUUGCCUAGACAAAAUUCACAACUACCUGCCCAAGUCCAGAAUGGCCCAUCACAAGAAGAAUUGGAAAUUCAAAGAAGGCAACUACAAGAACAGCAACGACAAAAGGAGCUGGAGCGGGAAAGGCUGGAGAGAGAAAGAAUGGAAAGGGAGAGAUUGGAGAGGGAGAGGUUAGAAAGGGAAAGGCUGGAGAGGGAGCGACUCGAACAGGAGCAGCUGGAGAGAGAGAGACAAGAAAGGGAACGUCAGGAUCGCCUGGAGCGCGAGAGACUGGAGCGUGAGAGACUGGAGAGACUGGACCGAGAAAGGCAAGAAAGAGAGCGACAAGAGCAGCUGGAAAGGGAGCAGUUGGAAUGGGAGCGAGAACGAAGAAUAUCAAAUGCCGCUGCCCCUGCCUCUGUGGAGACUCCUCUAAACUCUGUGCUGGGAGACUCCUCUGCUUCUGAGCCAGGCUUGCAGGCAGCCUCUCAGCCGGCCGAGACUCCAGCCCCACAGGGCAUUGUCUUGGGACCACCUGCACCUCCACCCCCUCCUCCACUCCCACCAGGUCCUGCGCAGGCUUCAGCUGUGCUCCCUCCUCCCCCAGGACCCCCUCCACCCCCUCCACUUCCAUCCUCAGGGCCUCCACCUCCGCCUCCUCCACCACCUCUUCCUAAUCAAGUACCCCCCCCUCCUCCACCACCUCCUGCUCCCCCUCUCCCUGCAUCUGGAUUUUUUUCGGGAUCCAUGACUGAAGACAAUCGCCCUUUAACUGGACUCGCAGCUGCAAUUGCUGGAGCAAAACUUAGGAAAGUGUCACGGAUGGAGGAUGCCUCAUUCCCAGGCGGAGGGAACACCAUUGGUGUGAAUUCGGCCUCAUCUAAAACAGAUACGGGUCGUGGAAAUGGACCCCUUCCUUUAGGGGGUAGUGGUUUAAUGGAGGAAAUGAGUGCCCUGCUGGCCAGGAGGAGAAGAAUUGCUGAAAAGGGAUCAACAAUAGAAACAGAACAAAAAGAAGACAAAAAUGAAGAUUCAGAGCCUGUAACUUCCAAGGCCUCUUCAACAAGUACACCUGAACCGACAAGAAAACCUUGGGAAAGAACAAAUACAAUGAAUGGCAGCAAGUCACCUGUUAUUUCCAGACGGGAUUCUCCAAGGAAAAAUCAGAUUGUUUUUGACAACAGGUCCUAUGAUUCAUUACACAGACCAAAAUCUGCACCCUCGUCACAGCCCAGUGCCAAUGGAGUCCAGACGGAGGGACUGGACUAUGACAGGCUGAAGCAGGACAUUUUAGAUGAAAUGAGAAAAGAAUUAACAAAGCUAAAAGAAGAGCUCAUUGAUGCAAUCAGGCAGGAACUGAGCAAGUCAAAUACUGCAUAGAGAAACAAACUAAGGAGAGAUAGGACUUUAAUCUGGAGAAAGGAAAAAAAAAAAAACCUGCAAAGAACAACUGUUAACAACAAAACCCCUACAUUUUGUGAGCUGUAAGAAGAAAAUGGAGACAAACAGUCGGAAGGAGGGAAAACUCAACAUACUUUGAAAGCCUUCAGACAUUACUACUCUGGCGAUAAGCUAUUUCCCUCCCAGUUUGCUGCUUUUUUCUGACCUUUACAACAGGAUGGAAGAGUCGUAAAAGAGUUCCUGGAACAGUUAUGCAGAAAAUGCUAAACCCGUCAGGCAGGAUCACCGUGCAUUGAAAUAUUUUCAUGUCAAGAUUAAAUGGCACAUUUUCCACAAUCCAUUGCUAAAAUAAAGAGGAGAAAGGCUUAAGAAGUUUUUUUCAGAGAAUGCUGGUGAAGAAUUUAGCAAGUUACACUAUUGUAUUGUAAAUGUUUCUCUCAGGUUUGUCUUCCUAUCGUAUUUGAUAUUCCAUGAAUAAUCGAGAUCAGCCCUAUGUAAGUUAAGAUUUUAAAAUGUGGAACAAAUGGAAUUGUACGUGCUUUCAGAGGGUGAUAUUUAUAAGAAAGUGUCCUAAAAAUAAUUUGUCCAGCUUGAGGAAUUUGAGAAUGAUAGGAAGUCUCUCGAGGUAGCCUUCAUGCAAUUUUGUAGAUUCAAACAUAAAAUUCGUCCAGAAUUUAAAGAUUUAGAUGCCUUCCUAAAUUGUUACAAUGCUUUACCAAAUCUAUGACUCCUACAUAACACAAACCAGUGGUCAAAUGUAAAACAGUAUAUUGUAGAUUUACUGUAGGUUUUCAACCUUUUUUAGAUUUAUGCAUGUGGACAUUUUUAUAAUGUAAUUACAAUCACCACAAAAUUAGCUUUUUUAAUUGCAGACAGUAAUGCAUGUCAGACUAAUACGUAGUGGCCUUUUCAAGGCCUAGUCCCAGGGAAAACAUUUUGUAGAGUAUAGGGGAGUGGGAGGAAGGGAAGGAAUAAUUUUUUAUUUAAAGUUAAUUUCUGCACUAUCUUUUUUCUCAAUUAUCUGCAUGAAUAAUAAUGAGGAAUAUUUUGUGACUUUCAUUGGUAAAUAUGUUAACAGAACCAAGUACUUAAUCUUUUACAUCAUGUCUUCAGCUAUUUGUAUUUUAACUUCCGUAACUUCAAUGGUCUGAAACAUGAUUCUGAGCUUCACAUGAAUUACAUCUUACUGUGGAACUCACAAGGUCGAUCCCUGAAUCUGGCAGUUACUAUUACCUGGGUGCCCUGCCGUUCGACAGGUGUGCAGGCACACGUUCCUGACCACGAAGCUGCUUUUGAGUUUUGUUAUGUUGGGCUCCUGGAAAGUAACAAUGAUGGCAGCAGUUAAGGUCACAGAAACCACUGAGUGAAGGGAAAACAACAAGGGGUCCUGCGUAAUUUUCUUUUAAUAAAUAAAGUGAGACUUAGGUGGUGGGAAGAAGGCAUUAGACACUCUACUUACCACCGUGUGUGUGUAUGUUCACGUGUGUGUGCGUGCGUGUUUGUGUGUAUGUAAUCCGCUCCUUUUUCUUUGAAACACAUUAAGAUUAAAAUAGGGGAGAAAUCCUAUAUGUUGCAAUGAUAGAAUUUUUUGAAAAUUUAGGAAAUCAAAAAUUCUCCAGGCUCUCCAUCUUGAUUUAUGCUUGAGUUGUUAUGUGCCAUAUUUGCUUUGAAAUCUUUGAUUAUCAGAAGUUUUACUAAAAUUUUGAAGAAAUAAUCCGUUUUCAUCUGCUUUCUAGAUUUCUUAGUCAGUUCAUAAGACAGAGCUUGUUGAUAGCGUAGUUUUCUAAAGGCUGCAAGUCUGCAGCCAUUACCACUUCAAAGAGGUUUGAAUGAGGGACUUUUUUUUUCCUUGUUAAAAUAGUUCCUGUUUCUGUAGCAACUUCAUUUUUAGAUUAAUCUGUGAUGGGUGAGCUGUAAGUCAAGUAUAUAGUUCUUUUUUCUAUCAACUAUUCAUUGUCAUGCAAUAGUAAAGGCAUUAAGGAUGCAACAAGCUUGUAAAGUACUAUUUUCUAAAAGAAAUAGGAGGCAUUUUCAUCUUUAUUAUUGUACUUUUGGUUAUGUAAACACUUUGAUAUAAACGUUUAUGUCCCCCAUAAAUCUAGUCAGAAAUCACUUUUCACUUUGUUGAUUAAGUUAAAAAGUCUAUAGUAGGGUAGAAUACUGGGUACAAGUGGUCCAAAGUAAGUAAAAGACUACGAUAAAAAUGCUAGAUCUUAAAAAGAAGCUGGUUUAUGCACUAAACGUUUUGUGCCUUGGUCUAAUAUUAACAUGAUGUCUGUAUAAAAUGACUAAAAGAACCAGUGUUGAACCAUGUUAUAUUUCCCAUCAUUCUGCAUUAUCCCAAAUUGCUAAGUGUAUUCUUUCCAAGAAGUUUGAUUGAAUUACUAUACAUUUACUGCCAUGUGUGACAGUUUUGUCAUUGUUAGAGAUUUCAGUAAUUAAAAUGGGAAACAGAAGCUUAAGUUAUUUUCCUUAUCAAAACUGUGUUCCUUGGAACCACGUUAUUAUGAUGGUUUUCGUGCUCUUGUACAUCGGAUGUCUUAAGCUGAGUGCAGUUUAGGAGAUCCUUUCUAAUUACAGGAAGGUACUUCUUUCCUUCAACACUGUGAUCUGACCUGUGACAAAUCUGUACUAUACACUAUGUAAAUGGCUAACAAGUCAAUUGCAAACCAACUGAAUGUACAAAUCUUAGUGCUGGUGCUGAAAUCUCUUCAGAAUAGUCAUCAUGAUCUCAAAGUUCGUUUCAAAAUUUGCAAGCAUCAAGUGUCAAUCAGAACUGAAGAUGAAACACUAAUGAAUGUUGAAUUCUCAUGCUUUAGGUGUACUUCUUUUUAGAUAUUUUGGUUCUCUGCUAUUUUUACCGUACUGUUUCAUUUAAAUUUCCUACACGCUAACUUCGUUUGUGCGAUUGAAAUAAAAUUGCAGUAUAUACAUGUUGCUUGUUUGUGACACUAAGAUAAUCUUCUGACAGUCUGUUGGUUCUAAAAUAAGUUGUACUGAAUGUGAAAAACACUUCUUAAAGUCCAUGACGUCACUAUUUAAAGUUUACGUAUCACGCUAUUCUUUAAAGGUUCCAUAAGUCAUAAAUACUCAGUAAUGUAUACAAAGGGAAUAUGUGAUAAUGUAUCUACUUUUUGCUUGAAAUAAGUGUUGGGUGUUUCCUACUUGUUUUUAUUUUCUCUCAGCCCAGCUUGGUACAGUGUCUUACAGUCAAGAGAAUGAUAAAUGUUUGAAUUCACUCCAUCUUGUUCUACAACGUAGAUACUUAAACUCAUUUAUGCAGUUAAAAUUUUCCUUUAUGUAGUUUGCAGCGUAAAGGACAUUGUCUGGUAAAAGGCCUAAUCAAGUGCUGAAUUUUAGAUAUAGUGAAUUCCGUAUGGAUAGUGUUUGUUUAUACAGUAUGCUGAUUUCUUGAUAUCUACAUAUAAGCAGCAGUACUUUUUAUCUGACUCUUAGGAGGUAUUAAUUUUGAGUUUCGUUUUAGAAGUCUAACGUCUUUAUUAGAAGUACAACGGUCUCUCUUUUUUCUUCUACCAGACCCCGACUCUCCCCUCCCUCAACCUGUCCACUUCUUGCGGACCCGGCGUUCCCACCAUUCACUUACAUUUGCAGCUGUUCAUUACCCAGUCCACGGGUGUAGACAUAUCAGCUGAUUUGUUCUCUCUGUCCCAUCUCAGGAUCCUGCUUCCCUUCAUGUAUAAAUCAGAAUGUUUGUCUACAAACUAAAAGUCUCUUCCCAUUCAGAAAUGAAUUGACAAAUGGUAACUUCUAAAAUUUGCCUAGCUACAACUUCAUCUCCUGCGUUUGUAUAUACUUUCAGUGCCAUUGUGAAGAAUUGGCCUUUAAAUUCUAAGUCGUAUGUUACCCUUUGAAGCACAGUUUACAAAGGUAUGCUACAGGAUCUCUGUCAUUUCUUUCUGUAGCCAUCAUAGCUUUAUAACUCUAUUACCCUGUAAAUUCUGUGGAUUAUAAGCAUAAAAAUGACACCACGUAAAAGCAUACUGUGUGAAAGAACUCUCUAGGAGCUCUUAAUUCCUUUAUGAAGCUAUUACAUAAUCUACUCUCCUAAAAGCAUUUACUCCAGCAUUCACAUUAAAACUCCAAACCUGUUCCUGGUAGUAUCAUUUUUGCUUUUAAUAAAAGGAUGAAUUCCUAUCUGUGUAUCUCCUCAAAGCUAAGAGCUUAUUGAAAUUACUGAUGUUUAAUACCUCUGAUUUUUCACUGGAAAGCCAUUUAAUAUUUAGAUUUAGAUGCUUCUGAAGUACAUAUAAGGAAACUUGUCAAUCUGGGGGAAUAGAAUUGUCCCAGGUCCCUUUGGCUACAUGAAGACACAGUCGAGACCAUUUACUUUUAAGAGUAGUUUUCUCUUGAAUAUAAGCACAUUUGACUAAGUAGCUAAAGUUGGUAACCGCUUAAGAAAGGACAUUUAUAUAAAGCCAAGUGCUGUUGGAGGUCUGGAGUGCAGAUUUUCUGUUUGUUCCCUUUAUGUGGUCUCUAGAUAAUUUUUGAGACUCAAGGGUUUUUUUUCUAUGUAUUCAUAAUACUGAGAAAGUGAAGCCUUCAAAUUUUUUAAAAGUCUAAAAUUGAUUAUAAAA